GUAGCCUUCCAGUGUGAGCGAUGCACGUACAGGCGUGUCUCGUCCCCUUACCAUCGCACAGAGUGACAGCUGCCUGUCACAGGAAGUCGUGGUCUGGGACGGAAAUGUCACACAAGUCGCAGUCGAAGUAUUGUCACAAACCGUGAGCAGGGACCCGGUGUACAAUGGCACAAUAACCAUGGCAACCAGCUGCUUCUAAUGAUACUGUACGGAUGGCACCCGGUGGCCACACCAUGGACAGGGACGAAAAAUCACACCUUGUGGAGGAGGGAGACGGCGAUCUCUGGCAGCCGGUGCAGAGAGAGCGUUCACACACCACCGGCUCCCAGUCAGAGAGCUCUGGACUGAAGAGGAGAAAGCAGCCACAACCUCCCCCAAAUCAGGUUCUAGAGGAGAAGGAGCCCAGCACCAAGAGGAUUAAACCGGUCACCAAAGGGUUGUCAGCAGCUAGCAGUUCCCCACAACCCAAAGUCACUCCUCUCAAGAAACUCGGCCUCUCAAUCCAGCGUUCUAUUGGCUCCAAGAAUGACAGUCGCCUAUUCAACUUCUCUCCGCGGACACGGAGCUGGGAUCCAGGAGCCGGACCAAAGAAACGAAGCAGCAAGCUGUGGAGUGAGACUUUCAGCAACGCCAGGGAAGAACUGUCUUCACGAGAGAUCAAAAGGCAGGAGGUGAUAUUUGAGCUGAUGCAGGGGGAGAACAUGCUGAUUGAAGAUCUCAAUUUGGUGAAGAAGAAUUACUAUGAGCCAAUGUUAAAGCUGGAAAUUCUGUCCCAGGACGAGUUAAAUCAGAUCUUCGGCAUCAUUGACACAUUGCCUUCACUGCAUCAGGAUUUGCUGGAGCGCUUGGCAAGAUUACGGCAUGAUGACGGCAGAGUGCAGCAGAUUGGACCUACCUUGAUGGAGUGGCUGCCCUGCCUCAACUCCUAUAGCACCUACUGCUGUAACCAAGUGGCGGCCAAAGCCCUACUGGACCACAAGAGGAAUAGUGCCCCUGUGCAGAACUUUCUGCGUCUGUGCCAGGAAUCUGCCUUCAGCCGGAAGCUGGAUGUCUGGAGUUUCUUGGACCUGCCCCGGAGCCGGCUGGUGAAAUACCCACUUCUGCUAAAGGAAUUACUAAAACACACAGCGCUGGAUCAUCCAGAUCACACUCCGCUCAGCCAGUCUGUGUGUAUGAUCCAGGAGAUUGUCAGCUGGAUUAACCGCAAGACGGGAGAAGCAGAGUGUGAAUACUAUCGAAAGCGGCUGUCCUAUCUGUAUGAAAAUCAAGACGAGGGAGAUGUGGCUCGCUCAUGCCUGUUGCACUGCCAUGGAGAGCUUAAGAACAACAAAGGGCAGAAGCUACAUGUGUUUCUGUUCGAGGCUGUCCUGGUCCUCACACGCCCUGUGUCUCAUAAUGAUCAGUUGCAGUACCAAGUAUACCGGCAGCCAAUUCCUCUCAGGGAACUGGUGCUGGAGGAUCUACCAGAUGGAGAGGUGCGAGUAGGUGGGUCCAUACGAGGGGCUUUCACCACAGCUAAUGAGAAAGCCAAAAAUUUUUUCCGGGUGAGUUUCCGGGACCGGUCGAGGGGACAGGCUCACACCUUGCAAGCCAAUGACUCCUUUAACAAGCAGCAAUGGAUUAGCAGCAUCCGGCAAGCCAUGAUAUCCUGCCGAGAGCAUGGCGCCAGUGAGGGACCCUCCCGUGAAACACCUUGUACCGUGAUAGACAUCUCUGACCUGAGUCUGAGCUGCCAAGAAGACUGCCAGGGCUAGAUGUAAUGACUGCUCCUUGCGGCUAAGCUUUCCACAUGGAAUUUUCUAGAUAUUUCUAUGGUGUAUGGUACAAUAUAAUGGCUAAGCUCCAUAUUGCCAGCUUGAUUAAUGGUAUAGUCUCCAGGAUGCAGCUGCCGACACGUGUAAAUAACAUGAAGCACAGAAAGCACCCCAACCUCAGCCAACAAGACAGCUUCUCAUCAUCACCGCCAUACA